GCCCCAUGGAGUGCGGAGACGCAACGACUCUUCUGCUGCUGGUCUGUAUUUCAGGCCUGAUCUACCUCCUCGUGUGCAGGCCGAGAUCCCGAAGUAGCCACUUGCCCCCCGGCCCCGCUCCCCUGCCUUUCCUGGGCAACGCGCUGCAGCUGAAGGCUGAGGGGAUGGUGAAUUCGCUCAGGGAGCUCAGAGACAAGUACGGCCCGGUCUUCAUGGUUCAUCUGGGCCCCCGGCGGGUUGUGGUCCUGUGGGGGUACGAGGCCGUGAAGGAGGCCCUGGAGGAUCAAGCCGACGAGUUCAGCGGGAGAGGGAAGCUUGCGGCCUUUGAGGAGAUUGUCCAGGGGUUUGGGCUGCUCUUCUCCAACGGGGAGCGGUGGCGGCAGCUGCGCCGGUUCUCCCUCGCCGCGUUGCAGGGCUUCGGCACGGGGAAGCGGAGCAUCGAGGGGCGGAUCCAGGAGGAAGCUCAGCGCCUGGUGGAGGAGUUCAGGAAAACCAAGGGUUCGCCCUUCAACCCCACGUUCUUCCUGAGCCGCUCAGCCUCCAGCGUCAUCUGCUCCAUCGUCUUCGGCCAGCACUUCGAUUACGCGGACGAGAGCUUCCUCGACUUGCUGGCCAAGACCAACCAGGUCUUCGUGCGGCUGAGCUCCACCUGGGGACAGCUCUACGAGAUGUUUUCCUGGUUCAUGCGCUUCCUUCCGGGAGCCCACAAAGAGAUCUUCCGAGACCUGGAGGACAUCAACAGCUUCAUACUGGAGAGGAUCAAAGAGAACCAGGCGUCUCUGGACCGUGAUAACCCGCGGGAUUUCAUCGACUGCUUCCUCCUCCAGAUGGAAAAGGAAAUUCUCAACCCUGCCACGGAAUUCCACCUCCGAAACUUGGUCAUGACUGCGUUCAACCUGUUCUUCGUUGGGACCGAGACCGUCAGCUCCACCCUGUGCUACGGACUUCUGAUCCUGCUGAAACACCCAGAGGUAGAAGAGAAGAUGACCCAGGAGAUCGACCGGGUGAUAGGGUGCAGCUGCGUGCCGGCUGUGGCGGACCGGAGCCGGAUGCCCUACACCGAUGCUGUGAUCCAUGAGAUUCAGAGAUUCAGCGAUGUUAUUCCCAUGAACCUCCCACACGCCCUGACCCGGGACACCCACUUCAGGGGAUACGCCAUUCCCAAGGGCACGGAGGUGUUCCCGGUGCUGAGCUCUGUGCUGCGGGACCCCAGCCGCUUCAGGGACCCCGAGAGAUUCGAUCCCGGGCGCUUCCUGGACGAGCAGGGUCACUUCAAGGCGAACGAGGCCUUCAUGCCAUUCUCCACAGGGAAGCGGAUCUGCCUGGGCCAGGAGUUGGCUAGAAUGGAGCUGUUCAUCUUCCUGACGGCCAUCCUGCAGAAUUUCACCCUCAAGUCCCCCAUGCCCCCCCAGGACAUCAAGCUCACGCCACCAGCCGGCGGCUUUGCUCACGUACCUCCCUGUUACCAGCUCUGCGCGGUGCCGCACAGCGGAGGGAGCCAGGCGAAGGAGGAGCGGUGCAAAGAUCGUCCGCAGGGGACAGCGGGGGCUCCGCCAAAUCACACCCCCGCAGCAGCCAGCCCAAACGCAGGGCCUGGGGCGCUAUUCCCGUGAGGAGGAGCAAUGGAAGAGAGGAAUCCAGAAUUUCUUCACUGCUCUGUUUAUUCGCAAAUGUAUCAAGCCCUGUCUCCCCGACCACAGGAGGAAUCAAAUAACAGGAGGGGGUUUCUUUGCUCAGAGCUCCACUCCUCUUUGCAGACAG